AUGUCCUCGCAUUCUAUUACCGCUGCCACGGCAGCGGCGGCCGCCGUUAAGCAACUGUUAUUUCAUCCUUCAUUCACCUUAUCGCCGUUGCAUUGCUACCGCCGCCAAAUUUCCUCUUCCCUUCUCGCAGUCGCCAGUUAUUCCACUACCUUAUCUGCUUCUACUCGUAACAAGAAAAAGCUAAACAGAAAAGAUAAUUCCGUUACCGGUACUAGUCGUAGAGUUCUAAUAGAUUCUGUAGUGAAGAGGAGGACUCGGUCGGAUAAAAAGUUUGAUGAGGAGAGCUUUCGUCAAUUUGGUGACACCGAGAGUCAUAUUCCGGUGAUGCUAGGUGAGGUAUUGGAGGUUUUUGAUUCUCUCAAGCUUCAGACGUUUGUCGAUUGUACCCUUGGAGCCGCCGGACAUUCAUCCGCCAUAAUUCAGGCUCAUCCCGAGAUGCAGUCAUAUGUUGGACUGGAUUUUGAUCCUGUUGCCCAUGAAAAAGCAAAAGCCAGGAUUGAUUCGAUCCAAAGUUCCAUGUCCCAUGACUCGACUUCCAACCUAAAAACACAUACCUUUUUGCGAAAUUUCAAGAACAUCAAGUCCACAAUAUCUGAGGUAGAUGAGAAGCUUCUGACUUCAGGAAUUGAUGGGAUCCUAAUGGACUUGGGAAUGUCAUCCAUGCAGGUGAACAAUGCUAAAAGAGGAUUUAGUGUGCUUUGUGAUGGACCCCUUGAUAUGAGAAUGGAUCCCCAGGCAAGUUUGACAGCUGAAGACAUACUAAAUUUAUGGCCAGAGGCUGAAGUGGGACGAAUUUUACGUGAUUAUGGGGAAGAGAACAAUUGGCGUGCACUUCAGAAGAGGAUUGUUAAGGCCCGAUUAACUGGUGGAUUGCAUUCUACUAGUGAUCUAGUAGAUCUUAUAAGGAGUUGUACAUCUGGUGGAAAAGGAGGGAGGCAAGGUUGGAUAAAGACAGCAACAAGAGUGUUCCAGGCUUUAAGAAUUGCUGUUAAUGAUGAACUCAAGACACUCGAGGCUUCGUUAUAUGAUUGUUUCAGGUGUCUUGCACCCGGUGGGAGGCUUGCUGUUAUAUCUUUUCACAGUCUGGAGGACAGAAUCGUAAAACAAACAUUUCUCGAUAUCAUCAAAAGCAAUUCAGUUGAUGGAAGUGGAAGCGCGUCCCCUGAUCUGAAAAAUGUUGAAAACGAGCCAUGGAUCAAACAGAUGAUUGGAGGUGUUGGUGGGACAAUCCUUACAAAAAGACCCAUAACACCCUCUCAAGAUGAAGAGAAACUCAAUGUUCGCUGUAGGAGCGCUAAGCUCAGGCGAUCAGGAGUAUAUAUAUUUCGUAUUGGAAUGAUGAAGGUUUUCAAAUUUGAAGCUUCCCUGAUUCUUCCAAAAGCUUUUCAUUCCCAGGAAUCACGUAAUCGAUUUUGUUCCAGGAGGAGAUUAAGCAUUAUUUCCAAUAGCAGUAAUGAGAAAUUUGACUCUAAUGUCAAAAAGGCUAAAUUAUCUGCUAGGAAGAAGGAUCGAGUCAAUAUUCCAAGCUACAAUGACCUACAUGGAAGAGGGAAAAAAAUAUAUCCAAUUAGGGAAUUUCUAAGCCAUCCAUCUGGAAUUGAAGCACUUCUAAAUACUCAAGCCCUGCAAAAAUUUGAACAACUCGAUCUUACCACUUACAGGUGUACUUUGCCACAACUGAAUUUGCUAAACUUUGAGGUCUCUCCUGUGAUAGAUUUGCGUGUGACCCCAACAACUGAAGAUUGCAUGGUGGAGUUGUUAUGUUGCAAGUUUGAGGGUUCCGAAGUCGUGACACAACAAAAUGAGCAUUUUUCAGCGGAGAUGACAAAUUACAUAACUUGGUGCACAAAGAACUCUGAACCAUAUCUGGAUGUUGACGUGAAGCUAGAUCUCACUCUUGAGAUAUACACCCAACCAUUUACCAUGCUGCCAACAUCUGCUGUAGAGGUUCCAGGCAGCUUAAUGAUGCAAGCUUUAGUAGACAGACUUGUACCCUUGUUACUCCAACAAUUGAUACAAGAUUACGGGAGAUGGCUGCUAACACAGAAUCCAGAAUCCAACCUCAUCACAUCAAAUUUAGCAUAACUACUGUUUUCUCAUAAUUCUGUUUACAAAACUAAUAACAACAAUUUUUUAUAAGAAAAAGUUAAGACAUGUAGUUAUAGCCUUGGCAUGAAAAUGAAAAAUCUCAUAUGGAAACCAAAAGGCUGCUAACAUUGUAAUGUAGGUGAGCUUACUGACCAAUCGCACAAAAUAUAUGUGAUUGGCUAAUUAGCCACCAAAACUGUAAUUAUAAAUCAGAAAUGAUUAUAAGAUAUGUAGUUAAUAGACUUGAUGUGAUACUAAACGAAUUCCAGUCCCACAUAAUAAGACUGUUUAACACAAUAAUGUUGGUGAGCUUACUGACCAUUCACAUAUCGAUUAUCAUCAUGUGAAUGGCUAAUUAGUCACCGUGUAAAGCUUUCAAAUUGGAAAACCCUAAGGACACAAAAUAACGUUCUUCAAUGGCAGAUUAUGAGCAUUUAAAACUCACAACCUAGAAAUGAAGCAUGCAGGUGAAUCCUACUGUUAAUCUACCAAGAAACAAUAAAUAACUAUUUUACCCAAUUACAUUUAUAAUCUAAUGAAUCAUGUCAUUCCUAUGAAACGAUCCUACCUGACCCAUAAGUUUAUGAAUUAUGAUGGAUAACAAUGCACAAAAUGAAGUGCAAAAAAUCAAACUCAACAAAAUCGAAAUAGAGAAAACAAGGCAUAAGGAGAAACAUAUCAAACCAAGUAAGCGACUACAAAGCGUAUACACAUU